AGUAUCAUCUAGUAGUAGUAUACUUCAAUUCAAAAUCUUUAUGAUUCUCUCUUUCUCUCUCUCUCUCUCUCAGUCCUUUCUCACUCAUAAUUAAAUUAAAGCCUUAAUGAAAAAUCUAUCUAUCACCUCUUUAAUAUUUCUCUCUGUGUUCUUUCUUGUAUAUAAAGGCCUAAGCUGAAGCAAUCCAACCACCAGUAAAUAAGACAGAAGACUCUUCUUUGUGAGUCAAGUAACAAAAGUCUUUUGAGAUCACAGAAACCCUUCUCCUCAAUCCGCAGGUUUCAAGAAGGAUGAGUCGAAGAAGUCCAAAGCUGGAACUGAAGCUGAAUCUUUCUCCGCCUACGUCAAGCCAGAGGAGGAUGGUUCGAUCUCCAACCCGCUCUGCGACGACUUCACCGACGUCACCGCCAAGCUCAUGCGUCUCGUCGGAGAUGAACCAGGAUGAGCCGUCUGUGAGAUACUCGACAAGUCCAGAGACAACCUCGAUGGUUCUUAGUACUCUAACGCUGGUGAAGAGACUAUUCGUUAACGCAUUAUACCGUUUCGGUCUCUGGUCCGAUUAA